AGUUUAAACUAAAUAGCGAGAAUUUGUUGUAAUACUUGAUCGAUCAGUAUAUAUAAUGGGCAACAAUAUUGUUUUACAUGUAUUAAGACGCAGCAACGAUUCAUGCAGGAUAUGAUGAAUUGGGCAGUUAUUUUGUUGCAUGUUUUGAUUUACAAUGUUUGUGUUGGUGCUGUCGAACAAGAACCAAGCAGGACCAACGAUUAUCUUAUCAUGAAGUGGGGAAAAUGGUUUACUUUAUUGGAUUUCAAUCAUGAUGGAAAUCUUUCAAUGGAUGACCCUACAACAUUUGAGGCAUACUAUAUAGCUCAUGGUAAUCUAAGCGAUCAGCAAUUGAAAACGAUGAAGAACAAAAUGGAUAAACUAUGGAAGACCUUUGUUUUCACAAACAAGAAAGAAGUCUCCAAAGAAGACUUUCUAUCCAUGCUGAAACAAAGAUAUGAAUCUAACACAACUGCUUUAAUUGGGAUGAUGCGAGUGUUUCCAACGGAUUGGUGCGAAGCGAUAGACUUAAAUGGAGACAAAUUUCUGUCAAAAGAUGAAUUCAUUCUAAACUUUGUUGCUGAAACGCACAACAAUAUCCAAACGGAUGAGAAGUUUUUCUACAUGUAUCAUCCUAUUAAUGAGCGUGUUGCACUUGACGAUGUCAUAGAGUCUUUUGUUCUCUUUGUAACUGAGCCUGAUGAGGCUAAAUCAGACAUUGUCUUAAACGCAAUUGAUUCCGGUUUAUAAAUUGAAAUAUGAAAUGAAAUUGAUUUGGAAAAAAAGAUAAUAAAUCAUUUAUUUGCAAAUCAGUAUGUUAACGUCCAGCUUAUUAUGAGAGCAUUUAAUUAAGGCAUAUUUGUAAUAAUUAAAAGAUAUUCCUUGUGUUAUAGAAUAAUAGAUACGCAUUAUCGUGGUAUGUCACAAAAUUCAAAAACUGGCCCGAUUGUUACCAUUUCAUUUCACUAUCACAGCAAAAAUCGUAAAGUGUGUAGGUGAUUGAAACUUUGUACAAUAUUUUUUUCUCGAGGAAUGAAACAAGAAGCUAAAUUUAAGCCCAUUUUUCACUAUUGAUUGUGAGUACAAAUGCGUAAAUAAACGAGACAUGGAAGCCUUGUUAAAACAAUCCAGCUCCUAACUAUAAUAUAUAAAAAAACACCAUAAAUUGGAGAAAUAGAAUCUAAAUAAGGACUUGGAACGUUCUAAUUAGGAGUUUGAAAAGCAAAGUAAGGAGAAAAAAAUCAUCAUUCAAACUUUGUAACUUAUUAGACUUGUAAACAAACAACUAAUCAGGAUUUCAUUUCUCCUAAUUAGUGUUUUCAAUUUUCGAAAUAGGAGUAACAAACUCCUAAUUGGGGUUUAAGUUUUCAAGACCUUUCCUCCUACAAGAGAGGUUUUUAAGACCUAAUUAAGUUUAAAACUCAUAAGUAGAACUCCUUAUUAGAAGUUGUAAAUUUUUAUUUUAAGCUCACGAAGUCCUUACCAAGAAUUCAUAAAGUCGUUACCUAGCUUAUAUUUAUUUUCAUUGCAAGUUUUAAAGACCUUUUAGCAUUUUAAUUAUCCUAAGUCCUAAUAGUUUUUUUCUUCUGUUUGUAAAAUCAUGAUUGAGCUUUCAUUUUUCCUAAUUAGGAUUUUUAAAACCCCUUAUUAGAAAUAUUAAGUCUUAUUUAUGCUUUUAAAUCAAUAUGUUUCAAAGAGUUUAUGUUUCAUUAUAAAUUAUUGAGGUUGGCAUCAGGCUGUUUACGUAACUACAUAAUUUAAAAAUUUUAUGAAUAUUUUAUAGUUUGCAAUGUUAUGUUUACUUUACUACUAAAUAGUAAAUAGCAUUGCUAUAAUCUACGUCAAAGCCUUGCUAUUUAUAACUAGUUGAAACGGGUUGUACUUUUGUCAAACACUAGAAAGGAUCAAGAAGUAUCAAUAUUUUAUUUGCAUUACAUAUGAAACUAUGACUAAUAUAUUUUGAUGGAACUGGUCACUGCCAUAAACGUUUAUACGUAUUUUGUAAAGUAAUAAGUUACUGGGUCGUGCGGGGGUUGUGUUCAUUGAACGCCGCCUUUCCUUGUUGAUCUUGUUUAUCAUAUUUUAUUUUGGAAUAACGUCUCCAUAUAAUUUUAUUAUUGCGUUUAACCGUCGAUCUGAUAGAAUCAAUUGAUAACUUACAUCAGUAUUGUGGUCCUAUAUUUAUAUAAUUCAGCUGAUCUCAGUACGCCAACAGGAUAAGGUCAAUUAAUAAUUAUAUAUGCAAAAAGACAUGUUUUCAGAUUGACUUAUUUGAUAUACUUAUUUAAAAAGAAAACACAUCGUGUCGUAUUUCUUGACCUCGUUUACUUGAUAUAUUAUUCUGCAAGAAAUAAUUUGCAUAGUGGAACAUAGCUUUUAAGCAAGAACAGUUAGAACAUACAGCAAACGAAUGAAUUAAAGUUUGCUCGAUUAAAUACGAACACACGGAAAUAUGGAAAUGCUUGCAAAUAACACCACUUUCAUGUUUAAAUUACAAUUAUUCGGACAACUUAUGAGAAAUUUAUAAGACUAAAAGAUACUAUAGAAUGUAAGUUGCCUUAAACCCCACAUUUAACGUGUUCAGCUUAUAUUAAAUUUUAUUAAAUGUUGUUUGCGCCAGUUCAGAUAUGCACUGGUGCAUUGUCACAUAUGAAUAGAUUUUUGGAUAGUAAACAAGUAAGUGAUGUAUUUCAUAAUUUCUUUUUUUCAGUUCAGUAAUUAGUAAUGAAACUUCACAACCCUAAUAAGAUAAAAGUUUACAUUUAGUUUUUUAGCCAAUGAUAUGCUCAUUCUACAUUUAUCAAUAAGUAUUGAAAACGAUUCAUUUUAAAAUGAUCUUUUUAUGUUUAUUUCAUUUUACGACAUGCAAUAAGCAAUGUCUAUAUCAGCACAUUAUUGAUAUUAAAUGUAAAAAAAUGCAGAGUUACUGACUUCAGGCGUAGAAAAUAUCGUUCUGUCACAUGAGAUUGAAUCAAAUUAUGUAGGCUCAAGGGCAUCUGCUUACAUCAUUUUGUGUUGAAAAUGAAUUUGCUUUAACUUCAUUUUUUGACGUAUGAAAUUACCUUAAACAGAUCUGUGAUUUUAGAAAGACCAACAGAUUUGAUGCUUUUAUUUCACAAGUACGGUAGCAUUUUAAGAA